CUGCACCCGCGGCUUUCACUGCGCUCCGAGAAGAAACCUGCAGCGGACGCACCACGCCGAACAGAUUCAUCUGUGGUUCUUUCCCCCUCUCUCUCUCUGUCUGUGCUACACUCCGAAGAUCAGGAUUCUGUACACCGAUCCCAUCAGGUGUUUGUCGCACUGAUUUCCUCUGAAAGACUCUUUAGGGCCCCGGUCCCUCCACCUAAACACGCCACCUAUCAUCACUGGAGUCUACCACCACCUAGACAGGAGUAAGGAGUGACCCCCUCCCCUCUGGUUCAGAUGGCAGACGGUCGGCAGCCUGAGGGCAGCGCCCCCCAGUGGUCAUCUCCAGGAGCCCAGGGCUCAUCCUCCCCUGGUGGACACGGAGAGAAUGGCUUCUCAUCCUACAGGGCUUGCCAACCUGGUGAUGCCCACGCUGGUUCUGCAACCUCCUACGCCAAAGAGAAUGGCUUCAACGGAGACCUUACUUCUGGACACGCUGUGACUGCGGAGCAAGUGUCGGCGCGGAUCGUGCAGGAAGUUACGGCUGAAGCGGUAGCUGUACUGAAGGGAGAGCAGGAGCAGCAUCCGGACUCUGCCGUCAGGCUGCCCUCAGUGGAGGACUCUGCAAAUCUGCCACCCUCUCCUCCUCCGUCCCCAGCAGCAGAGCAUUUCGGGCCUUUGGAGCAAGAUGUAGGGGAUGAGGAGGAAGCAGGUCCUCUCCGCCGCUUCCAAAAUUCUCGCGAGAGGUGCAAGUUCCUCGCCCCCUCCAUCUCAGUGUCUGUGCCUGAAGAUGACCCGUACCACUCUGAUGAGGAAUACUAUGAGCACCCUUUAUUCAGCCCAGAGUGGACGCGCUCUGGCUCUCGCCCCCCGGGGCAGGCCGCUGCGUUUAGACAGAUCGAAGAAGAGGAGACCAUAGAGAGUCUCUCAGCUGGGGAGGAGGAAGAGGAGGAGACUUCAGAAACCGCAGCAACAGCAGCAGCUCUAGAGGAACAGGAGGAGGAGGAUGAGUGGAGUGGGGAGGAGCCUGAGCAGGAACCCCCAUCUGAGCUCCUAGAGCGGGCAGAGGUCAUAGGUGAGGCCCAGGCUCUGCCCAGCCUGCAGGCCGAGGCUGUGCUUCACACACAGGCAGGGACUGCUGCCAACGAGGCCCCUAAUGGGAGAGCUGAGGAUGCAGGGGGGCAAGAAAGCCCUGCAGAAGCUGUGAAGAUGGAAGAAGAGAGGCCAGACAGCGAGAGGGCAGAUCCCAUUGGCAUGGACUUCACUGAAUCUGCAGUGCAUCUAGAUGAUCUCCCGUCUUACCAAAGCCUUGCCAGAGACACAGAUAUGCCAGAAAGCCCCUUUGGUCAAACAUACCCUAUGGAGGAUUUUGAAGUGCCUCCAAGUGGCCAGGGUCAUGCCAAAGAAACUUGCGAGUCUCCAACUCAAAUGCUGGAUAGUCGAAGUGGUAUUGUGAUUCAGCCUUCAAUUGAAACACAUGACUCUAGCAAUAUACAAGAGGUAAAAUCAGGACAGGAACAAGACAAACAAAUGGAAAUAGUAGCCUCAAUGAAACCUGAUGAACAAGAAGUGGAAGUUAAGGACAAAUCUGGAAUGUCUGCUUAUUUUGAAACCACUACAAUUAAGACAGAUACUGCCAGGUCUCAAGAGGAAGGGUAUUAUGAGCUUAGUGUUACAUCAGAAGAGCAAAAGGACACUGUUGGUAACCUGCCACUUCCUGAAAUCAGCUAUAGCACCCUGGUUCAAACACACUCUUUGGAAGUCACGGCAGAUUUUCCAAAAAGUACUGCAGAAACACUGAAGACCCCAUCACCAGUAGACAGGCUCUCUCCAGGAAAACUGGCUCUAGAGCAAAGAAGCUACUCUUUGAAUAUCACCAUUGGGGCAGUGGAUCAUGGUGAAGCCCAAGAAUGUCCCAGAAACUUUUCUCCAUUAGCCUCUGACAUCCUGUCUCACACCAGUGGGAGCCUUGAUGAAUCUGCCGAUUACCUUCCUGUCACCACUCCUUCAGUAGAGAAGCUCCCUGAAUUUCCUCCUCUGAUCCUCGAGACAACUGCCUCUGCCACAGCUCCAUCACCUUCACCUCCCCAUGCAACAGUUAGUGAUGUAAAGACAAGUCUGCAAGCAGAGUCCCCAGAAUCACCUGUCCCUUCUAAGUGCUGUUACAAUAACGGCACAGUCAUGGCCCCAGACCUACCUGAAAUGCUUGACCUGGCAGGUAGUAGAUCAAGGCUGACAUCAGAAAGCACAGACCCAGAGAUUAUGAGGAGGAAGUCCGUCCCUAUGGACAUGUCUUCUCUUGUGAGUGAUUCUUUAGCAAAUUUGUUUAAAGGUGACCAAAGUCAGAUGGCUGCAAAGAGAGAGAUACAGAUGGAGGAGCAAGGGUAUUGUGUCUUUAGUGAAUAUUCUGGUCCUAUGCCAUCUCCCGCUGAUGUGCACAGUCCAAUAGAUUCUUCUUCUCAAAUAUUUAACACUGUGAUAGAGGAAAAGGAAACUGGUUUUGUUGCAGGUGGACAGGAGUGCUUAUUGGCUGAGGAUCUGACAACAACAGAGGUUGUCGCACCACAGGCAAAACUAGAGGAAGAAAAGAACAGGGAGGAAGAUUCCUUUGAAAGAGAAAGUACUACUGUGACAAAGAAAGACGAGUUUGAUAUUUUAUCAAGAGACAUCAAGAGUGCAACUUUAUCUGACAAUGAUAAAGGACAGUUAGACAAACAAGCCGAAACCUUCAUCACACCAAAGGUGACUGUAACCCUGGAGGAUACCAAGCCUGACCUUGAUGCAGGUACUAAUUUUGCAGCUGAAACUGAAGCUGAAAUAGCCGACUAUGAGAGGCAAAUACGCAAGUUGGAGAUGGAGGACCGGCCUUUGAGUGUAGAGGAGGAAAGAGAGCUCCAGGAGCUUAGAGAGAAAGUGAAGAAUAAACCAGACCUUGUGCACCAAGAAGCUUAUGAGGAGGUGGAUGCAGAAGAUGCGUACCAGCUCACUGGAGCUGCAAAGGACAGGAUUGCAAGGCCCAUUAGGCCAUCCCCAGCAUCUUCAGUAGAAAGUGCCACAGAUGAGGAGAUGCUGACGAGACCUAAAUCACCAGCAGAGAAAGAGGCUCUUAAAACAGACCCUAAUAGAUUAUCUCCUGUUGGAUCUUUUGAAAAAUACUUUAGAGAGGAAAGACCUUCUGAACAGGAGGUAAAACAGAAAGAUAAAAGUGUUGAGGAGAAAGAUAAAACUGUGGAGGAGAAACCUCAGCAAGCUCCUUCAAAGACAGAAGAGGCUCCUUGUGCCACCAAAGUACCUCAAGGAGUAGAGGAGGUGGAGAAAGAUAAAACUGUGGAGGAGAAACCUCAGCCAGCUCCUUCAAAGACAGAAGAGGUUCCAUGUGCCACCGCAGUACCUCAAGGAAUAGAGGAGGAGGUGGAGCUUGCUGAGGAGCCUAAGGAGGUUGAGCCAGAAACAAAACCAGCUUUGAUUUCAAAUUUGGAGGAGAGGCCAGUGGCAGAUAAAACUGAGCCAGCUGAGGUUGCUGUAGAAAAAGAGGAGGUUAAAGUUGUCGAGAAAGAAGAAGAAGUAGAAGAAGUCUUGGAAGGGGCCAAGGCAGCAGAGGACACUGUUGAGCCUCGAGCUGCAAUUGAGUCUGUAGUUACAGUAGAAGAUGACUUCAUCACAGUGGUGCAGACCAUUGAUGAGCGGGAAGUCUCUGGACACAGUGUAUGCUUCUCUGCCCCCUCUGAAGAGGAACCUCCACAACUCCUCCAAGAAGAGGAAGAGUCUGUGGAAAAAGCACAAAAAGUCGAAAUGGAGGCUGCAAGUUUGGAGGAAAUCCUAGAUGUCCCAGAACCUGUUGAAUCUCCUGUAUGUCCAGUUAAGGAGAUAGAAGUACAAGAGAGUGAGGCUCCAACUCAAAGCUAUGAUGACUACAAAGACGAAACUACCAUUGAUGACUCCAUCUUAGACAGUUCCUGGGUGGACACUCAAGAUGAUGAUAAGAGCAUGGCCACAGAGAAAAUUGAACCUCUGCCCAUAGUGAUGAGCCCUGUCAAGAAACCAUCUGCAGAGAAACCGGUCAAACACAGGACUAAGGGCGGCAGGGCCAAAGGACGAAUUACCACACCUGAACGCAGACCUGUUCGCAAGGAGCCGGUACCCAUCCAGAAGGAAGAGCUGAAAAAGAAAAAAGCUGUGAUUAAGAAGUCUGAGCUCGCAAAAAAAUCUGAUAUUCAGACAUUCUCUCCUUCCCGGAAAAGUGUUUUAAAGACUACCGUAAGGCAUCCUAGGCCUACCCAACACCACGCGUGUGUUAAGCGGAAACCCACAGUGUCUGCGGAUGGGCGACUGCCAUUCAGUGUGGCCAGGCACUCCAGAGAUCGGGCAUCUACCUCCAACCCUACAACACUAACAAAGAUACCAUGCACCUCUAAAAUGCGGGCAGCGGCCUUGGUGCCAGCCCGGCCAAACUCAGCCUGCUUAGCCCAUAAAAAGAGCCCAUUGGUUGAGGCGGAUCUUUAUGAGCCCCGCCCUUCUUCAGCGGGCCCACAAGAAUCACUAAACAUACAUGUAGUGAAGGAUGGUGGUUCUCGGAGCCCGGAGAAGAGGUCGUCCCUGCCACGGCCAGCCUCCAUCCUCACCCGCCGUUCACGCACAGCUGAGCAUGAGGAGAGUUCCACUUCCAUUACCAGCUCUGGGUCCACAGCACCACGCAGGCCCACAUCAUUCCAUACUGAAGUAAAAGCAGAGCACAGGAAAGGCAGGUCUGCUAGCAUGACAGGCACAGAGUCUGCUAGGUCCCGCUCGGCCCGCAGUGGCACCUCCACACCACGCACGCCCGGCUCCAUGGCCAUCACCCCUGGCACCCCUCCCAGCUACUCCUGCCGUACCCCGGGUACACCUCGCACCCCAGGCACCCCCAGAUCUCUCAGCCUGCUGUCCCAGGAGAAGAAAGUGGCCAUCAUCCGCACACCUCCGAAAUCACCCGCAACAACCCCUAAACAGCUGCGUGUUCUUAACCAGCCAUUGCCUGACCUCAAGAACGUCAAAUCCAAGAUCGGCUCCAUCGACAACAUCAAGUACCAACCCAAGGGGGGGCAGGUGUACAUUUCAACUAAGAAGAUUGAUCUUAGUCAUGUGACCUCCAAGUGUGGAUCUUUGGAUAAUAUCCGCCACAGGCCAGGGGGUGGCCAUGUGCGCAUUGAGAGUGUGAAGCUGGACUUCAGAGAAAAAGCCCAUGCAAAGGUGGGCUCCCUGGACAAUGCUCACCAUGUACCUGGAGGAGGCCAUGUACAGAUCGAAAGCCAUAAGCUGUCAUUCCGGGAUGCUGCCAAAGCACGUGUGGAUCAUGGGGCGGAGAUUGUGAUUGAGACGGCCGGGCUGUCGGGUGGCACCUCCCCUCAGCGGCACAGCCACAUGUCCUCGUCUGGGAGCAUCAACAUGCUUGAGUCUCCACAGCUGGCCACGCUGGCUGAGGAUGUGACAGCCGCCCUGGCCAAGCAGGGCUUGUGAAUCCCCAACCCCUCUCCACCAGUCCCCAGUGUCUAGCAACAUUGUUCAACUAGCCCUCUGCUCAAUCUACAGUAGCUCUUCUUUCAGUGGUUUCACGGUUGGUACAAAUCCCUUCUCCCCCUGGUAUUUAUGAAAGACUGUACAAUUUCACUUUCAAUGCACACCUCUAAACACACUUCCCUCUUCAUCAGCCAACAAUCUUGCAGAACCCUAUUGUGACUAUCUAAACACAGAAAAAAGGAUUUUCUCUGUUUAUUUUUUGAUCAUUUUAAUGAAUAAUGACUUAGCUAGAGAGGUACCUGUGCUUUUUAUUACUCAUGUUAUGUGUUUGACUUUUUAUGGUGGUGUACAGACAGUGCUCUCAAAUGCUGGACAAGGGUCAGCCUUAAGUAUGUUGCGUGAAGUCGGUUGGCAGUAUCAUGAAUCAGAACUAUUUUCUACGUGAGAAUAUGGCACGAUGAUUCCAUACUGCACGUAUUUCUUUUGCCCAUUCAGUGCAUGAACUCAAAAAUAAAAAUUUCCCCUGCAAACAAAAAAUAUAAUACUAGGGAAUAUAAUUAUAAAUAUACCGGCUCUUAAUCUCAACAUCUCAUGCUCAGUUGAAAAAGAAAAAAUUAUUACUACGAUAACUUAUACGUGUACAAUUGCAUUAUUAAAAGAAAUCUUAGAUAGUAUUACGAGCAUGUAUUCUAGUACACAAAAGUGGCUAUUUUCUAUUUCAAGGGAUUUUAGUAAGUUAUUUGCCGAAACAUUGGAUAAAAUGAACACUUCAUGUUUUUUGUAGAUAUUAGUGAUGAUGUUAAGCUUGUACAUCAUUUCAGGUGACUGCACUGACAUUGCCCAGGGGUCCAUGUUGCACUCCUGCCUUUGCUGUUGGUAAGAAAAGCGGAUCUUUGUUGGAACAUUUUAAGCAGAUUUGUGCUUUAAAUUACACAUGAUGGCUAUAUCGCAAACAGUAUUACAUUUAAGGUGCUGUAAGCGAUUUUUUUAUGGAAUGACACGCAGAAAAUGUCCCUAUUACCUGACAGACAUCACUGAAAUAGGUGUCUUGAAAUAUAUUUCUUCUGGCUCUGUAAACAGCGGAAGAAAAUGUUACUGUGGGCCGCUGUCAGAUUCUUUGUUUAGCCAGUCAGAAGACUUUGAGGCACUUUCUGCCUGUCAAUCAUUUUGCGUGUUCACAGGGCAGCCCAUAUAUGGGCAGCAUGAAGCUGAGAGGGCAGUAGUUCAAGCAGAACAUUUAAGUAACGUAAAUGCCACAUUCAGCUUCAUAAGCAGUGUUCAGUUUGUUAGUUGAUAGUUUGUCAUGUGACAAGCGUUGCUUUUGAUAACGCUGAGAUAAUUCAAUGCUGCUGAGAUAACUCAGUGUUGCUCACCAGCUCCAUUUCUGACCACAACAGUUGUUUUGGACAGAGGGGGUGUGUCUAAUUCUGUAAGAGUGUCUAAAAUCUGGCGGAAGUAAGUUCCAGAACGGCUAGCAUUGCUUACAGCAUCUUUAAUCAAAGGAACAAAGAAAGGACAAGAACAUGAAUCAUGGAGUUUUGUUCAAAUACAGUCAUGUGGCUGGGUCUAACGGCUUUAAAACUGCUGUCUUGAAGUGUGAACCAUGUACCGCCUCUUUUAGAGGCAAGUUGGAAAUCGCUACACUUGGUUAGUGGCUGUCUGAGCGAGAUGGGUGGUGCUGUGGCCCUCAUUUUAUUCUUAAAGGAAUAGUUCACCCAAUAAUGAAAAUUCUCUCUUCAUUUACUUACCCUCAUGCCAUCCCAGAUGUGUGUCUUUCUUUCUUCUGCUGAACACAACCGAAGAUUUUUUUGAAGAAUUUCUCAGCUCUGUAGGUUCAUGCAUUGCAAGUAUAUAGUGACCGGAACUUUGAAGGUCCAAAAAGAAUAUAAAGGCAGAAUAAAAGUUAUCCAUAAGACUCCACUGGUUAAAUCCAUGUCUUCAGAAGCGAUAUGAUAGGUGUGGGUGAGAAACAGAUACAUUUUAAGUCCUUUUUUAAUGAUAAAGUCUCCUCCCUGCCCAGUAGGUGGCGAUAUGCAUGAAGGAUGCAAUUCACCAAAAACAAAAGAAGAAGAACUCUUAGGAGAGAAGAGAAAGCGGACAUUUAUAGUAAAAAAAAAAUACUUAAUUUUUUAUCUGUUUCUCACCCACACCUAUGAUAUCGCUUCUGCAAAUAUGGAUUUAACCACUUGAGACGUAUGGAUUACUUUUAUGCUGCCUUUAUGUGCAUUUUUUACCUUUAAAGUUCUGGUAACCAUUCACUUGCAUUGAAUGGACCAACAGGGCUGAGAAAUUUUUCUAAAAAUCUUUGUUUGCGUUCAGCAGAAGAAAGAAGGUCAUACACAUCUGGGAUGGCAUGAGGGUGAGUAAAUUAUGAAUUUUCAUUUUUGGGUGAACUAUACCUUUAACGUAGGAGCAGCUACUUGGGACUCUGUUGGUGAUCAUAGGCCCUGUUUUUGUCUGCUGAAUUCUGCUUUGAUGCAUAGGUUUCUUUUUUUUUUUUUCUUUUUUGUAUGAGUGAACUUAGGAUGUGGAACAUGAAACAAAGAAAAACAUUAAAACAAACGUAAAAAAGGAUACCCACUCGGCGUGUAUCUGUUUGAAUGCAGUAAUCCAGUAUAUGUUUUCUCUCGUCAUUUGUGGUUCUACCCCUUUUUCGCUAGAAAGAGCUGUUAUUUGUAGGCUUCCGUGUUUCUCGCCCCCCCUGAGCCUUUCCCACCCUUCCCUUAUUCCCACAGCUGUUGUAAAUGUAUUUAAAAGGUCACAUAGAUGUACUCAGUUUUUCUCCUAUUGUUAUGAUAUGGAUUAUAAAUGCCCUUAACAGUUAUGACAAUAAAAAUACAGAAAAUGAACAAAA